GGAGGAGGGGGGUAGGGGAGGGAAAGGCAAAGCAGCGGCAAGCGCAGGCGCAAAAAGCAAAUCAAAGCCGCCACCACCACCGGCAGCCGCCGAGGCCGCGCCGCGGGAGCCGGGAGGAGGGCGAAAAGGAAAGUGAAACCUAUCCAUUCCACCCCCGCACGCCGCCGCCCCUCCCAAACCCUAACCCCCGCGCGCAUGGGCCCCGCUUCGCCGGCGACGCGACGGGAGCACCGGCCCCCGCCGGUCAGGCGCCGGUAGCUCCAGCAGCAGCAGCAGCAGCAGCGGGCCGUUGCCGCCGCCGCCGCCGCGGUGAGAUGGCGCGGCUCGGGCGGGAGGGCUGCCGCGCUGGUCGAGGAAUUUGUGAAGAUACUUUGAGAAAUUUUAUGUUCAAUUUCAUGGCUGCUGUGCUGAUCCUGGAAUUUCUCAGUGGGAUCAAUUUGAUUAUUCAAACAUCAGCUCUAGAAGUAGUGGCUCCUGCUAUGCCUCCAUCUCAAGGUCGGAAACCAUUUCACUACAUGGCAUCCCGAGAUGAAGUCCUCAUAGGUGUUUCAGUGCAACCAGCGGAUGGCCAACAAAGACAAAAGAAGCUAUAUUCACCAACAGUUGCCCUGUCAUCCACACAUCCUCCUAUUUCAGCACCUAGCUAUAGUUCCAUGACUGGUGCUUUAGAUCUGGCCAUUUAUUCCUCAGAUCUAUCACUUCCUUUGGUGCACCAUGACAGGCACUUAGCAAUGGCUGCUCCUGCUCAUGUUGAUGCUGACUCUCCAGAUGCAGCUUCAAACUCUAGCGCAGCUCCUUCUGGAUUAGUGCAACCUCCAGUAUCCCCUCACAACGGUUGUUGUGCACCAAACAUGGUACAAAAACGAGGGACUCAAGACUGUCAUUGUGUUUAUCCAGUGAGAGUUGAGCUCUUCCUUCGUAAUGUUUCCUUGACUUCAAAUUGGAGCAAUGAAUUUCUUCAAGAACUUGCUUCUCAGCUCAACCUUCAUGUUAAUCAGUUCGAAAUUGUAAAUUUUUAUGUUGUUGGAGCUUCUGGACUAAAUAUCACAAUGGAUAUAGCACCCCAUACUGGAAUUAGCUUCGCAGCUGAUCAAGUUAACACAAUGAAUUAUUCACUUAGUCAGCAUACAGUUCGGAUUGAUCCUGUGUUGGUCGGGGACUAUAAUCUUCUUAAUUUAACAUGGUUUAGGCCAUUGGCUCCAGCCCCAGCUCCAGCAUUCACAAUAGCACCUAAGGCCUCUCCAUCUACAGCGCAUAAAGUACCAAGAUCGAGUGAGGAUCCCAGCAACAAUAGACAUACAAGCCUGAUUACUGUCAUUAUCAUAUGUGUUGGUGCUCUAAUUGGCGUCUUGCUGAUCGUUUUAACAAUUUGCUUCUGCACAUUUAGGAAAGGGAAAAAGAAAGUGCCUCAUGCUGAAACACCCAAGCAAAGGAUGCCAGAUGCAGUUUCUGCAGUGGAGUCACUUCCUCGUCCCACCAGCACAAGGUUCCUUUCAUAUGAAGAACUGAAAGCGGCAACAAAUAACUUUGAGCCUUCAAGCGUGCUUGGAGAAGGUGGUUUUGGCCGUGUCUUUAAGGGGGUACUUAGUGAUGGUACUGCUGUCGCUAUAAAGAAGCUUACUAGCGGAGGGCACCAAGGAGAUAAGGAGUUUUUAGUUGAAGUGGAAAUGCUGAGCAGAUUGCACCACCGAAAUCUUGUGAAACUCAUUGGUUACUAUAGCAGCCGUGAGUCAUCACAGAACCUUCUCUGUUACGAGCUUGUUCCCAAUGGAAGCCUAGAGGCUUGGCUUCACGGCGCACUAGGUGCUAACUGCCCCUUGGAUUGGGACACCAGGAUGAGGAUAGCUCUUGAUGCUGCCAGGGGAUUAGCAUACCUCCAUGAGGAUUCGCAGCCCUGUGUAAUCCACAGGGAUUUCAAAGCUUCUAAUAUAUUGCUUGAGAAUGAUUUUCAUGCUAAAGUGUCCGAUUUUGGUUUGGCAAAACAGGCGCCUGAAGGUCGGGCUAAUUAUCUUUCAACUCGUGUCAUGGGAACUUUCGGGUAUGUUGCGCCCGAGUAUGCCAUGACAGGACACUUGCUUGUAAAAAGUGAUGUAUAUAGCUAUGGAGUCGUUCUUCUUGAACUACUAACUGGGAGGAGGCCUGUUGAUAUGUCACAGCCGUCGGGACAGGAAAACCUAGUGACAUGGGCACGGCCGAUUCUUCGAGAUCAAGAUAGAUUAGACGAACUAUCUGACCCCAGGCUUGGCGGCCAGUACCCGAAAGACGAUUUUGUGCGGGUGUGCACAAUUGCAGCAGCUUGUGUUUCACCAGAGGCAAACCAAAGGCCAACAAUGGGCGAGGUGGUGCAGUCACUCAAGAUGGUGCAACGAUCGGUGGAGUUCCAGGAAUCUAUGCCGACACCGCCUGCCCGCCCCAACAUCCGGCAGUCUUCGACGACCUACGAAUCUGAUGGUACCUCAUCCAUGUUCUCUUCCGGCCCCUUCUCAGGCCUCAGCCCCUUUGACACCGAAACCAUUCCAAGAACCGCUGUUUUCUCAGAAGAUCUCCAUGAAGGCGUCGCCGUGGUCGCGGAGUCCAAGCUGUACGCCCCGGCGGACCGUGUCCUGCUCAACUGCGGGUCGACGACGGACGGCCUGGACUCGGACGGCCGGAAGUGGGUGGCGGACACGAACGACAACAUGUGGCUGACCGACUCCGGCAAGUCGUCCCUGAUGAUGGCGGCCGACAGGAUGGACAACGGGCUGCCGUCCACCAUCCCCUACAUGACGGCGCGGGUGUUCACGACGGAGGCCGCGUACAACAUCACCGUGAACCCGCGGGACCGCCACUGGGUGCGCCUCCACUUUUACCCGUCCUCCUACAACGGGCUCCCCCCCGAGGGCUUCCACUUCGACGUGGUCACCUCCACGGGCAUCACGCUGCUCCACAACUUCAGCGUGUACACCUACGCCAAGGCGCUGAGCCAGGCGUUCCUCAUCCGGGAGUUCUCGCUGCCGCCGGCGCCGGCGGGGUUCCUGACCCUCACCUUCACGCCGAUGCCGACGGGCAACGAGACGUACGCCUUCGUGAACGGCAUCGAGGUGAUCUCCAUGCCCGACAUCUUCGCGGACCCGGCCACCACGGUGGGGUUCGCGGACCAGACCGUGGACAUCGCCGGCGCGGCGCUCCAGACCAUGUACCGCUUCAACGUCGGCGGCGUGUACAUCCCGCCGUCCAACGACUCGGGGCUCACCCGGCACUGGUACGACGACACGCCCUACGUGCUGGGCCCGACGCAGGGCGUCAUCUACAAGGCCGGCCCGCACUUCCAGCUCAAGUACCCCAACGACAUGGCCGAGUACGCGGCGCCGCCGGACGUGUACCUGGGCAGCCGCUCCAUGGGCUCCGACCCGCGCCUGAACCAGAACUACAACCUCACCUGGGUGAUGCCCGUGGACGGCAACUUCACCUACGUGGCGCGCCUCCACUUCUGCGAGCUGCUGCUCAGCCGCCCCAACCAGCGGGCCUUCGACAUCUACGUCAACAACAAGACGGCGCUGGCCGACGCCGACAUCAUCGGGAUGACGACGGAGAAGGGCGUGCCCAUGUACAGGGACUUCGCGGUGUUCGUGGCCGACGAGCCCGGGGACGAGGCCAUGUGGGUGGCGCUGCACCCGUCCGUGGCGCUCCGCCCGCAGUUCUACGACGCCAUGCUCAACGGCCUAGAGGUCUUCAAGGUCAACGACACCGCCGGCAACCUGGCCGCGCCGGACCCGGACCCCUCCAGGCUGCUCGCCAAGGCGGAGCUGGGCGCGGGCGGCGGCGACCACGUGGGGCCCCCGAUCCACAGGCACCACCACAUCGCCACGGUGAUGGGCAGCAUGGCCGGCGGCGCGGCGGCGCUCGGGAUCAUCGCCGCCAUCUGCGUGGCGUGGAACCAGGAGAAGAGCAAGAAGCAGGAGCUGCGGCAGGCCGCCGCCGGCGGGUCGCACACCUCCGGCUGGCUGCCGCUCUACCACUCCCACACCAGCGGCAAGUCGUCGGGCCACCUCGCGGCGAACCUGGCCGGGAUGUGCCGGCACUUCUCCUUCGCCGAGAUCAAGGUGGCCACCAAGAACUUCAGCGAGUCGCUGGUGAUCGGCGUGGGCGGGUUCGGCAAGGUGUACCGGGGCCUCGUGGACGGCGACACCAAGGUGGCCAUCAAGCGCUCCAACCCGUCGUCGGAGCAGGGCGUGCAGGAGUUCCAGACGGAGGUGGAGAUGCUGUCCAAGCUGCGCCACCGCCACCUCGUCUCCCUCAUCGGCUUCAGCGAGGACGCCGGCGAGAUGAUCCUCGUCUACGACUACAUGGAGCACGGCACGCUGCGGGAGCACCUCUACAUGGGCGGCAAGCCGCCGCUGCCGUGGCGCCUCCGCCUCGACAUCUGCAUCGGCGCCGCGCGCGGCCUGCACUACCUCCACACCGGCGCCAAGCACACCAUCAUCCACCGCGACGUCAAGACCACCAACAUCCUCGUCGACGGCGACUGGGUCGCCAAGGUCUCCGACUUCGGCCUCUCCAAGUCCGGCCCCACCACCGUGAACCAGACGCACGUCAGCACCAUGGUCAAGGGUAGCUUCGGGUACCUCGACCCGGAGUACUUCCGGCGGCAGCAGCUCACCGACAAGUCCGACGUCUACUCCUUCGGCGUCGUGCUCUUCGAGGUGCUCCUCGCGCGCCCGGCGCUCGACCCGGCGCUGCCGCGGGAGAGGGUCAGCCUCGCCGACUACGCGCUCCUCUGCCAGCGGAACGGCACCCUGCUGGACGUCGUCGACCCGGCCAUCAAGGACCAGAUCGCGCCCGAGUGCCUCAAGAAGUUCGCCGACACGGCCGAGAAGUGCCUCGGCGAGCAGGGCAUCGAGCGCCCGUCCAUGGGGGACGUGCUGUGGAACCUCGAGUUCGCGAUGCAGCUGCAGGACGCCUUCGAAGGGCAAGGGGGCAGCACCACCUGCGGCCGCCGGCCCAUGGGUGAGGGCAGCGGCGGCGUGGGGCGCUCGUCGGGGGCGCUCGACGGCAACGGGAGCGUCACGGUCAGCGUCACGGCGGUGGAGGCGGCCUUGUCCACGUCCCGGCCGCGCGUCAUCGUCGAGGAGGAGGACGACGACGAGGUGGCCAACAGCGCGGCGUUCUCGCAGCUCGUGCGCCCCACUGGCCGGUGA